GUGAACGCAAACGAGCUGCAGUUCGUGUCGCACGCACUUGAUUUAAUAUCUUUUACUUUAUUGUUAAAUGUGUUUUUCUAUCGGAACAACACGAAUGGACUCUGAUGCGGAUAUGAUUUGUUUUCGUGUCUUUGUUGCGUUUUAUAUACUGUGAGAUAUUUCUUGGAUUCACCAUUAUGUGACGUUUUGGUGAGAAUGUUGAGGAAUAUGACUCCUUACAGAGUAACUUCUUUUGGCAUCUUCUUGUUGGUCUUAAACGGUGUGUUUGGUGUUGAUGCAGAUGAAGUGAAGUCAGUGUCAGUGACGGAGGGAGAUAAUGUCACUCUACACACUAAUCUUACUCACAUCCAGAGACAUGAUCAGAUACUGUGGCAGUUUGGACCUCAAGAGACUCGUAUAGCGGAGAUCCAUACACAAAGGGUUAAUAUGUAUAACAGUAAUGAGACAUUUGGAGACAGACUGAAGUUGGACAGUCAGACUGGAUCUCUCACCAUCACAAACAUCACAAUCACAGACUCUGGACUUUAUAAACUACAGAUCAUCAGUAACACAGGAACAUCAUACAAGAGAUUCAAUACUACCGUCUAUUCUCAUCUGCCUGUUCCUAUCAUCACUCGAAUAAGCAACACUUCAAACUGUUCUUCAUCAUCAGAAAGAUCUUCAGUGUCAAAAUGUGUGUUGUUGUGUUCAGUGAUGAAUGUGUCACAUGUGAGUCUCUCCUGGUACAAAGGAAACGGUUUAUUGUCCAGCAUCAAUGUGUCUGAUCUCAACAUCAGACUCUCUCUACCUCUGGAGGUGGAAUAUCAGGAUACAAACACAUACAGAUGUGUCAUCAACAACACCAUCACAAACCAAACUCAACAUCUCAAUAUCACUCAACUCUGUGGGUCAUGUCCAGAUUCUUCCCGCACACAUAUAAUUCUUGUAGGAAUUAUAUCUGCAGUAUUGCUUGUUGCAAUAGUUGUUAUCUACAUUCUCUGCAAGAAACGCAAAACAGACCAGUUAGAAGGUAAUACAUUAGAAGUACCUGAACAUGCAGUGGAAACAUCAGAAGAGGAGAUGAAUUACGCUGAUACAAGGUUUUAUAAACAAACUCCACAAAAAAAGAGAAUCGUUGAAUCAGACACCAUUUACUCCCUAGCGAUGUCAUGAAUCAUUUAGCAGAGACUUACAUGCUCCAGUAUCUCAUUUCAAUCACAUUUGUCUACUUUGAAAAAACUGGAUUGCUGCAGAAGGUUUUGUUACUGAAUGUAUUUUCUCUAGGUUUAAUGAAGUGCUUCAUUUUUUUUAAGUUUGUUUGGAUCGUUUGAGUCUGAAGCAGUCUUUGUAGCAAAGAAGCUCAAGGGAAUUUUUCAACUGAAGUCAUUUAAAUAUUUUUUGUUAUUUGCAUAUGCACGCAAAUGUUAAAGCACAAAAACCAGCAUGACAAGUCCACUGUAGUGUUAUGGUCUUUGAUUGGAUAUUUCAGAAGGAGUUUUAUGUUAUUGCAAUUGUAUUUUGUAUUUUAGCUGUGGCACUUAUAGGCCUAUUUAUUUUGCAUUUCAUAUUGAAUUCUACAAAAUGUGCACUUGACCUGUGAGCCAAACAUGAUCUUGCAAUCCACUGUUUCAUAAUUUAUAAUAUUUCGAUCCUGAGUAUAAAAGGCUUGUACAGUAAAGCCAAAAGAGCACACCCCAUCCCAACUGUUCUUCUGCAGAGCAUCAUCGAAUUACACUCAAAGCUCUUCUGCAUCUGCUGAUAUUCAAUAUGACUCAAUUUUAUCCAUGUCCCUUCUUUUAUUCAAUGUAAAUCUUUUCUGUUCUCCAUAUCAUUUCAUUGUUUUAUUGCUACGUGUUUGCUGCAUGUGAAGAAUGUAAUUGUAAAUGUGAAGUUUUUUUUCUCCUUGAUGAAGGAAACUUUAAAUGUUCAAAGGAGUUUGCAGUGUUUUCUAUUCUAUAAACUGUGCAAGAAAUGAUCAAUGCCAUCAUCUGUCCAUAUAAGUGAAUGGCAUCAAUGUGGUGAUGAUGACUAAAUGACUUAAGGUUCUCUGAAAGAGAUUAUUUCUUUAUAAAUAUUUAGACGUUUCAAAGAAGUUAGCCAAUACACUUGACAGAUGGUGGAGUGUUAUUAUAAAUGUACAUUUUGUGAUGCACGGAAGAAGUAAGUCAAUAUAAAGAAGAGCAGGCCUCA